UCCAACCAUCCGUCGAUCCAUCCAUCCGUCGAUCCAUCCAACCAUCCAUCCAUCCAUCCAUCCAUCGCCGGGGCGUAAACAUGCAGCCGCCGUCGCGCGCCAUCGGCCGCGUGUUCCUCUCUUUCUGGCGUCGUCCGCGCGGAAACACGCGUCUGUGCGCCGCGAUCAGAAACGCCCGCGGCACAGAGGGACUCCUUCGUGAGGCUCAGUCGAGGUCAGUGAUGCUUCACCAUCAGGACCAACCUCUGAACUCGGGCCACCGAGGGCAGGGAGGCGCCAAAAACAAGUCGUCCUCUUCACUUCGAAACCGGAGGUGCGAGAAAGAUGGCAACUUCAACUUCCUGCCCGGGAAGGAUGACGAGGGCCUCACGAGCAACGGCGGAGGAGACGAGAACCGAAACCAGGUGCGUCCCCGCAGCUUGGGCCCGUUGAGUCGGGACCCUCCGAGCUCCUCGCCGUCGCCUGGGUACCACCACAACGCACAGCGAUCCCGCAUGCCCUGCUGGAGCCCCCUGGAGCCCCUGCCCGAAAUCGAGAGCGGGGAGGACGGCUAUGGUCGGUUUCCCCCGGACGGAGCGGAGGAAGGGAGGAUGGAGGAAGAGGGAAGAGGGAUGAUGAUGAUGAGGCAGAAUGGGAUGAAGCAGAGAGACAAACCGCCCCAGAAGAGGAAAGGCAGCUCGGGAUUCAGAGGAGGAGAGGAUGAGGAUGGCGUCCUGGAGCUGGAGGACGGCGACGAAUGGGGAGACAGCGACUCUGAGUCCGAGUACAGCUUCCGGUCCGGCGGCAGCAUGUCCUCCCUCAACUUGGAGAACGGAGGAGAAGGGACGCUGAUGGGAGGCUGGGACCGCAUCGGUGUCGGCGAGCCAAAAUCAAACCACCAGGACAGCGACCAGAGCACAAACGGCAACGGCGAAGUCGCUGCGAGACACCCGAGCUUCGGCCGCAAGUCGCUGACAGGAGGCGUCGUGGGCAACCCUCUGGAGGAAAGAGCGGAAGAGCAAGACGACGUGGAUGACCAGUCUUCAGACUCGGACGGCCAGAUGCCGGAGCUGAUGGACGCCGUGUGGACGCUGCGCGACCGCGAGCGCUUCAAGGCCCAGGAGAUGGAGAAGCACCAGGUGCAGCUGACCAUGUACCGGCGCCUGGCGCUGAUCCGCUGGGUCCGCACGCUGCAGGGACGCGUCCAGGAGCAGCAGAACCGCCUGCAGUCCAGCUUCGACGUCAUCCUCACUCAAAGGAAGGAACUGCUGCGCAUGGGCGCCGCCAACGCCGCCGCCGUGGCCAACGCCGCUCCCGCCGCCGCCGUCGGACAGUCAUGAACGGAGAGAGAGAGUGUGAGGGGGGGAGGGACUGACAGGAAGUGGAGGACAAUUUCCCUGAAGAAAAAAAAAAAAUACAUCUCCCAUCAUCCUCUUUGGCAUUUUAAUGUAGCUGAUUGUGACGUCACAAAAACGUGUUAUUGUUUUUGCUUAUUUUCUUUCUGGCGUCCCACCCAGAGCAAUAGAUGUUCCACUCGUCUUCAUUCAGGACGACGUCACCACCAAACCAAAUCUAUGACGUUCAGGAUUUUGUGUUUUGAUCGAAGCAAUGGAAACACUUUAUUGUGAAAUUUUAUUAUGAUGUUUAAAUCAAAAAAGUUCUACGUGCACAUUCUUGUUGUUGCUUGUAUUGACUUAUGAGAAUAAAACUCUUCUGACUUUACCAGAAAAAAAGAGAAUAUCAUAGAUUUAACCGGGUAAGAGAUGAUUUAUAGAUGCUGUACAUAAUUAUGAUAAACGAAAGUAUAAAUAAAAUGACCUUAUACCUCAA